ACCUUCAGCCGGCCUCAACUCACCGGGAAAAUAUCCCGGGGAAUGUGUCUUGAAAGCAUGAUGAUGGAGGUGUCACCCACCGGACCGGAGGAGAAUUUGUACACAACGUCGUUGGGCUGUUUUGCUAGCUUGACGAAAAUUCAUUGAGAACACACGUAAAAUCGUACAAACACCACAAAGAAUCGACACGUCCGAUAUGUACAUGCUGGCGCGAGUGGGGGGCCGGGGUUCGUGUGGGUUCUCAUCACGGAGCAUCCCGAAGGUGCUCUCGGGUCUGUUGGCAGCCGGCUGGACAGAGCAGACCAAAGCCGAGUCAAGUCUAGUCGGUUAGAAGUGCGUGUGCGCGGGGCGCUCGCGUACACGCGCCCGCCCAUCCCCUCAAGGCGCUGGACCAGCCCGAGCAUGUCUACGUUGAGCAACAAGUGAUCGAACGGCGUCGUGUUCUCGCACGCUCUGGGACAGCACACCUGCUUUGGUUUUUGUUUGUUUGUUUUGGUCGACAUGAUAACUAGGCUCUGAGCUCGAUGCUGCCCAUUUGUCGCUUGGAAUCAUCUGUCCAAAGUUCUUCGCCUGCUUAAAUAUCCCGCAGAGGACUCUGAAAACCCACCGCAGACGGCGGAGCAGGCCUUCAGGCAGAUCCAGAACAUUGUGGACUUCAGCUCCAACGUGAUGAGCAGACUGCUUGGCGACAAGUUCAUCCACAGCGGAGAAGUGGUUAAGCUGCCGUUGGAGUUUGUGCGUCAGCUGUCCAUCAAAGUUCAACCUCAGCGACCCGCGUGGCGCUGCGACAAAGUGAUGGACAUCUACAGCAGCUGUGCUCUGUGCCUGCCCAACUUGACCGCGCCGAGCCUCCUGCAGCACUCGCACACGCCGCCGCUCUGCGUGGAGAUCAAGCCCAAGUGCGGCUUCCUGCCAUCGGCCAAGCACAUCAGCAGAGACAUCAAGAGCAAAGUGUGUCGCUUCUGUAUGCACCAACACUACAAGGUGUCCAGCGGGCGCUGGAAGAGACGCAGCCUGUACUGUCCCCUCGACUUGUUCUCAGGGAGCCGAGCGAGGAUGCACUUUGCUGUCCGGCAGCUCAUUGAAGAACCUCAGAACAACUUCAAAAUCUUUAAGGGGGGUCAGUGUAUAUACAGCAGCAAGGAGGGCGGCCACGGUGGCAGCGGCGGCGAAGACGCGUCGGAUCUCAACUCUCUGCUCUACCACCUCCGACCUUACUUCCUGUACGCCAACAACCGCAUCCACGCUCACGUGAGCGGCAAGGCUGUCCUCAGCGACUUCAUCCAGGUGCUGGUCAACGCCCUCUUGAACAGCGGCGGCGGCGGGAGUGGCGGGGUCAUGACGGACCGACGGGAAGAGGGUCGGACUUUCUGCGAGGCCAGCCUCUUCAACAAGGAGAGAAAUCGACACGGCUCUCAGGGUUUGCCCAAUGACAGUGUCCUCUCCCGCAUCCUGAACACGCAAAUGUUGGACAACUUGAACAUCGAAGGCCUUUAUCCGCUCUAUCGGCGAGUGGAGCAACACCUGCGUGACUUCCCCAAGGAGAGAAAUGCCCUGCAGGUGGACGGCCCGUACAACGAAGCGUUCCUGGAUCAUCUGCAGAAGUGUCCCGCGGAGGACGACGGCUCGCUGGACUUCGCCGUGUCCAAGGUGCAUCAGUACCGCGUCGCCAUGACGGCCAAGGACUGCUCCAUCAUGGUUGCCCUGGUGCCCAGCGCUGAUGACGAACAUGACGAAGACCAGGAUAUGUUGUGCCCUCAGCGUCGCCUGCGAGACUUCCUGUCGUCCCGGCCGCCCACCUUCUCCUACUCGGUGUCCAUCUUGGACCUGGACCCCAAGCCGCUGGACAGCAUCCCCCUGCAGUUGAGCCUGGACCACAAGAUCGUGUCGUGCUACACCAGGACGCUGGACGCUGCCGUCGACCGAGACGACCGCACGCUGCUCUUCAGGCCCGUCUGAGCCGGGAACCCGCUUCCUGCUCUGCCCUGCCUUAACUUCCUGUUUGAUUGACUUUGGUGGUGGUGGUGGGGAUGGGGGUUGAGGAGAGACAGCUUUGUCUCCCUGAAUGGAGGCCUGAUGAGGUGUCUCCAUGGCAACGCUGCUUACCUGGAUAGUGCCAAGAGAGCCUUAGAAGGCCGGUCAUGAUGAUGUCAUUUUCUGAAUGUAUGGCCGGGACCUUUGCCAAACCACUGAGGACCUGCAACGCAUUUUUACUUGGACUAAUGUGACUGUGUGUGUGUGUGUGUGUGUGUGUUUGUGUGAGCGUGUGUGAGCCCCUUUCACAGAGAUUCUUCAAAGUUGCGGCGUUCGAAAAUACUGUGGUUCUCAAGAGAUUCUCUAACAAACUUUCACACACGAGGUGCGCAUCAGAGCCAGAACGUUGCGGCUCCUGAGGUUUACACAGAUUUAAUAUUCGGGCUUUCGCAAAUGAAAUGGAAUUGUCAUCGCAAGCCCGCUUCAUAAAAAAACAUUUUGUUUUAAAGCCUUCGCGUAGAAAAAAAAUCAUGGGUUUGUUUCACAGCAGAGGAGUUGGAUUAAAAAAAAAAGGCCUUUGAAAUUGGCUUAAUGCAAACAUGUUUACCGAUUGCGCGUUUUACAUGAUGAAAUCCACUUUUUGUUUCUGCAGUGUAAGAUUCAACGCGCCUACUCUAAAACACACUGACGGGUGAAUGCGGGUGGUGGGGGGGGGCAUCUUUGUAUUCACUUAACUUGAAAAUGAACAUCGGUUGCACUUGAUUAAAACGUAACAUAUUGUGUAUAUAAUGUCUUAACGACCACAUUUUAAUCAUGUGUGCCUAAUGUCCAUUAAACCAAAUGAAGUGAAUUCUUUCAGGACAACCGGUGCGCACUUGUAUCCAGCCAUGUUUCGGGCACUCCCGUUUUCAACAGAUGUGAUGUUGGCACUGAUAGCACCUCCGAAUGUGGAAAAUGAGCAUGUUGAACGCAAUGCUUGCACAACAAGUGGGCAAGUUACGGGGGGCAGCACGGCGUUAAAAAGCUUCACAACCUCAGAUAUCCCUCGACUUGCGGGCGACGUGAUGCCCAUGUUACGGCACCGCUACAAAGUCAAAAAGGUGUCAAAAGUGAAAUGGGGGGGGAAGUAAUGUGCUGACUUUUCCAGGUGUUGUGAAAGGUGCUUACUGUGAUGUUACUUCCUGUGAGUGCCCAUUCUGCUUAUUGGCUGGAGAUUAUUGCCGUGUGUGUGUGUGUGUGUGUGUGUCCAAUAUGAAUUGCUCCGAAUGAUAGGCGGGGGGUGCCUUCUGCAGUAUGGAUGGAUGAAUGAAUCAGAAAAAAAAGACCCCAAAUAAAGUAUCAAUCUUUUUUUUUUUAAGAAAGCUAAAAGUGAUGUAAGGACCUCGGAGGACUUUUUAAGAUGGUUACAGUAUGUGUUUAAGUGUGUAUGUGUAAAUGGUUUGGGGCACAAAACUUUGCAAAUACAACGGCUGUUUGUCUGCCAUUUUGUAUGUAAAUUAUUUAUUUUUGUAGAUUUUGACCAAUGAGCUCUGCUGUCACACAAUUUAUACUGGAGCAAAAUAAUAAUAAUUAAAAAAAACACUUUGAAACACACAA